AUGUCAAGUCAAAUAUAUGUGUUCAUCUGUGUAUUGAUUAGUAUCAUUAUACAAUUAUCAUUGGCUCAAGUACCAUGUUCACUCGAAGACGAUCCAAUACAAUUAGCGGAAUGUGCACAACUUGAUGUUCAAGCUAUCAUUCAAGCAGCUAAAGGAAAUUUGAAAUUGUUUUGCAAUUUAGCUGAAAGAUAUAUGGAAUGUUUUAAAACAAAAACUCGGAACUGUAUUGGUGGAUCGAUAGCCGAAGGUGGUUUUACUGAAUUGCAAAACUUAGCACAAUGGUGUUGUGUCAAUCCAGGUUCUCCUGAACCGGAUGAAUGCCCACUUAAUCGUAAUCCAAAAUGUUUUUCGGGUGAUGAUUUUGUAUCAAUGGCUAAUGGGGAAAAAAAACUUUUACGCGAACUUCGACCAGGCGAUCGUGUAUUGGUAAUGAAUUCACAAAAACAAGUCGAAGAAGAUGAAGUUAUUAUGAUACUUGAUAGUCAACCGAGUCGACCAGCUUUAUUCUAUUCGAUUGAAACUGAAACUGGCCAUCGUGUAAGUUUAACAGGAAACCAUUUUAUUGCUGUCAAUCAUAACAAUCAUUUUGUUCCUGCAAACCAAAUUAAAACACAUGAUAUGGUUUUUAUUCAUUCGCAAGGUAAACUUCAAUCAGUCAGCGUUCGAAAUGUUAGUGAAGAAUAUAAAGUUGGAUAUUUUACACCAAUGACUAGUCAAGGAACAUUAAUUGUAAAUGACAUGGCUGCUUCAUGCUAUGCAAGUGUUGUUAGUCAUAGUUUAGCUCAUCAAGUACUAGCACCACUUCGUUGGUGGUAUCGUUUCGCAAAACUUUUCGCUGUCGAACAACCAUUUGAAUAUACACCAGCUGGAGGUAUACAUUGGUUACCUCAAGCAAUGUUACAAAUAACAGAAAAAUAUUUGCCAAGCGUAUUAGUAAAAGACAGUUUAUAA